AUGGUAAGAAAAAAUUAUACGGAAUAGACACGGGCAUCUUAAUCAACAACACUUUUCUAUCCUUCAACAAUGGAAGACACGGAAAUAGUCAUAGAUGCAAUGCCAGAAGAGCAUUUGUGUAUGAACGAGCUUUCCAUCUCUCACGAUGAAACUGGAAAGGCAACAGAUAAACAUGGCACCGGGCAUAAACAUUUGAAACGAGACCAGUGGACAAAUAAAACGGAUUUCAUCAUUGCUUGUAUCGGUUGUGCUGUAGGCUUGGGAAAUAUUUGGAGAUUUCCGUAUCUGUGUUAUAAAAAUGGAGGUGGUGCCUUUCUGAUUCCUUAUAUUAUUUGUCUUGUAUCAUGUGGAUUACCGCUGUUCAUGAUGGAGCUAGCUCUUGGACAAUACAUGAGUAGCAACAAUGUAGACACUUGGGCUAGACUUAUUCCAGCAUUUAAAGGGAUUGGGAUUGCAUCUUUCGUUGUCACUUUUCAAAUGAAUAUAUAUUACAUCAUUAUCUUAGCAUGGGCAGGAUAUUUCCUAGUCAUGUCUUUCACCUCUACUCUCCCAUGGUCCCAUUGCAAUAACGACUGGAACACGAAAAGGUAAUACGUAAUACAGAGUCUUUAUAGCAAACAUGCAUGGAUAAAGAAGAUGUUUUAGCCCUGUAUUAAACUAAGUGAUAUUUUUACUGUUAUAUAAACACCUACUAGCAUAACUAUUUGUGCAACAUCUUACCAUAGGAAAGUUAAUUGAACGAGCGCAUCGUUGCCUUUUUUUGUAAGCUUGAUGUUGCGAUCUGGAAUCUCAGCCAAGCGUGUUUGUUUUUCUAAUAUAUGCAACAAACAAAUUAAGGCUCGUGCUGAAAUGGUUCAAAACUGGUGAUGAUGAUUGUUUGCAAUCCUGCUAUUUAUUCAAAUUUUGAGAUAUUUCGAAUAAGAACAACCGUUUUCACGGAUUUUUCCGAAGCCAAUGAGCCCUUUCCCUGAUGUUAGGAUUGCCUCUUAAUACAAUGUUUUGGUCAGAACUGAACUCGUUGAAUCAAUCUGCUUAUUACGGAACUUACUUAUUUCUUUCCAUGAUGAAUUUGGUUAAAUGAACAUUUCCUGCUUUGAGUGGGAACUUGCUCUUCGUAAAAAUGAAAGAACCAAGGUAGAAGGUAUGGUCAUGCAGUCCAUGCGGACAAGUCUGUCUCUGUAUCGAUCACAUAAGCAAGACACGGCCCUUGCCAGCAAUCACAUAUUAUAUACUGAUUUGAUUUCUAUCUGACAGUAAGUUGGUUAUCAAAUCCAAAAAUCUUUCAUUUAACAUGUACUGUAUUGUCAUCUUUGUUUGGUGUGUUAACGUGCACUCGUAAAAAAUAACCACACGUUUCACAAUUUGUAAAGGCAGAAUGUAAAAAUGUAUAAAAUUUCG